GCACGAAGAAUAGAGGGAGAAUGAAAAAAGUGACAUAAAUGGCGGAAAGCAAACCUAGCGCCAACAUUCGUAUUUUCGUUUAAUUUUCGCUCCAAACUACAAUUAUUUCUCGGUUAGUGGUCAGUUCAUAUCGAGUAGGGACACACAAAGAGUUACCAGAACGGGAAAAGAUCUAUCAAAUCGAUUGCGGACCAUGUACAAGCGCAAAACAGCGAGUAUUGUUAAAAGAGAAGGCAGCUCUGCAGCGGGCACCUCCUCCUCGAUGAUGAUGAUGAUGGACGCUGGCAACGUGGAAUCGGAUGAAUCUCUGUCUCAAUCGCAGAAUUACGAACCCGCUUCCGUCACUAUGGACACAUCCCCGGAUCCGCCCACACCGAUCAAGUCUCCGUCGCAUUCACAAUCACAGUCGCUGCCUGGACAACAACGCUCCGUGGGCUCACUGGUCCUGCUUACCCAGAAGUUUGUGGAACUAAUGAAGGCCAACGGCGGCUCUAUCGAUCUGAAAGCGGCCACGAAAAUCUUGGACGUGCAAAAGCGAAGAAUAUACGACAUCACCAAUGUUUUGGAGGGCAUUGGACUAAUAGAUAAGGGCAGACACUGCUCCCUAGUGCGCUGGCGCGGCGGGGGAUUCAACAAUGCCAAGGAUCAAGAGGACUACGACAUAGCUCGAAGCCGGACUAGUCACCUGAAGACGAUAGAAGAAGAUCUGGACAAACAAUUAGAGUAUGCUCAACGCAACCUGCGGUAUGUUAUGCAGGACCCCUCGAAUCGGUCUUACGCUUAUGUGACACGUGACGAUCUGCUAGACAUUUUUGGAGAUGAUUCAGUAUUUACCAUCCCCAACUAUGACGAGGAAGUGGACAUCAAGCGCAAUGAAUAUGAACUGGCGGUAUCUCUGGAUAAUGGCAGCACAAUCGACAUUCGCUUGGUGACGAACCAGGGCAAGAGCACCACAAAUCCGCAUGAUGCGGAUGGGUUCUUCGACUAUCGCCGUUUGGAUACGCCCUCACCUUCAACAUCGUCGCACUCCAGCGAAGAUGCUAAUGCUGGAACAGGGAAUGUUAUCACGGACGAGCAUGGAUAUUCUUGUAAUCCCGAUAUGAAGGAUGAGAUGAAGCUUUUGGAGAACGAGCUGACCGCAAAGAUCAUCUUCCAAAAUUAUCUGUCUGGGCACUCGUUGCGAAGAUUUUAUCCUGAUGAUCCCAAUCUAGAAAACCCGCCGCUGGUGCAGCUUAAUCCACCCCAAGAAGACUUUAACUUUGCGUUAAAAAGUGAUGAAGGAAUCUGCGAGCUGUUCGACGUGCAAUGCUCUUAACUGAGGGAUGGGAUUUACACCUUACGACUGUAGCUACACUGCAACUGGCCGUGUGCGUUGUGCAAAUAUUUAUGAUUAGUACAAUUCUGACUUUUGAUUUCUCUAUAUCGUCUAGAAGUUUUAAUUAGUUUAAUUCCUUGUAAUUUCGCCAGGUAACAGCAAAACCAAUAAAUUCUUAAAUGCACAUAUUGUAACGUGUGCAUUUGUUUAUAAUAUGUAAA